AUGUACACAUAUAUGGAAUACCUUCAAAAGUGCUUUUACAAAACUACCAAUUGGAAUGAAGAUAACAUUUUCUCCAACAUAACAGCGACAUCGCAAGCUAUACUUGAUUUUUCGAUACCCAAUGGUUUGAAAAUCGAUUCCUCAUCAAAAUCAUCAGACUACCUGGCUUCAUCGUUUACCUUGUCCAAUUUUCAUCAGAUUAAUGGGUCUUUGGCAUAUUUUUACACACUGACUCCAUUGGCCAACACAAUGGGAUCAAAGGAUAUAUCUUUACAAGACGCGAUUGCAGGAUUCAGAAUAAUCGAACCGACAAUGACAUCGAACAAACAACAGAGACAGUUGGACACGAAACGCCAUGCAAAAACCAAGCCACUGCUACUAUAUGGACGUAUGUAUUUUCCAGGUUCAGCAUUGGAGGCGAUGAUUAUAAAACGAAUCAGUGAAAAUACACAGCUUUUGAUCAAGUGUGUAAGUCAUCCCCAGAUGGAGAAAAAUGGAACUGUUAUUGUAUAUUUACAAAAUAACACUGCAAAGUAUCUGCGAGAAGUUAUAUACUCAACCAAUGAGUCAUUAAUUGGUGUUCGAUGCUUGUACAAUUGGGGCACAACAUUUUCAAAAAGUAUAAACCCCCAUUUGGUUCCUAAAUUUGAAAAUUCGGUAGUCUCAUUAGGGACAGAGUUGUGGUUUGCUGCAAGGUCAAUGAGUCCAGGGCUUUCAUCCGCAUUGAGGUAUUCCACAAGAUCUACAUCCACGGGUAAGCCGCUAACAAUGACUUUGGCUGUAAAUCCGAUUUUGGGUCACAUUUCGCUGACUUAUACAGUCAAAACUUCGGUUGCGUCAACUUUCUGCUCGAAGUACGAUUUCAAUUUUUUCUCCUAUGCAAGCAAUUUGUCUCUCGGGUUUGAGCUAUAUAGCUACGCAAAGAAGAAGAAAACACUCCAGCCCGUGUUGGGGAAUAAUGACGACGACGACAUAGCUUCAUUUCGGAAAAUGAACCAGGAUGUUACCAAGAGGAUAAGGAGGGGGUCUUAUAGCCUGCGAAAUAGGGCUUCACAUUCAGAUCCUCACACAAAAGAGUAUCACACCAGUGAGCUUCCUCACCACAGGUCAAUGUCCAACACCCCUCACCACAAUGGAGGUACAGUUACUGCGGCAUUUCAAAAUUUGGUAAAUGAAAGUGAUUUUUCAAGUGUGUUAAAAGUUUCCACGAGUCUAAAGGAUAGUAGUGUUAAAUUGUUGUGGGAAGGUAGAUUAAGGGACUUCUUAGUUAGCACUGGUGCAAGGGUAUCAUGGAAUCCGAUAACAAAUACUCCUGAUGUUAAUAAGCUAGGCAUUACCUUGUCGUACGCUUUUUAG